AUGACUGUAAGACGAAUGCGAAUGACAAGGAUUUUAAAAUCUAUCCUAUUACUAAUAUGCCUGCUGGUGCUGUGUUUGAUCGCUUAUUUUACCUUGGAGUCGUACUCUACUGAGCAGGUAAAUAUACGAAAGACUCAACAAACUGAUGAACAAGAUUUUAGAAAUUUGGAAAAGGACCUGACUGACUCAAAAAUGGAAUUCAAUGAUGGAUCAAAAGCAGCAAGGAAAAAUCUUAUCGUCGUUUCACACGGUCGAUCAGGUUCCACACUUAUGGGGGAUAUUUUCAAUCAUCAUCCUUCUGUAUUUUACAUGUAUGAGCCUUUACAGUCCGUCGAAAGAGUCCAUACGAAUCUGAAGCCUGAAUCGGAUUACAAUGACCUCGCCAAAGAGUUUCUAUCUGGCAUUUUUCAGUGUAAAUUCGACUCUCCCGAAUUAUUAGCGGAUAUCGAGCAUUUUUAUCGCAAACCGGAUCAUCCACGUGUCAGUAAAGCCAUUGCAUCGCCACCUUUAUGUCCUUAUAGUACUUCUGAUGAAAGGUGGGAUCAACACCUUUGUCCUGCCAUGACUAGCGAGUCUUUGGGAAGCACGUGUAAGGAGCAUUACGAAAUGACAGUGUUAAAGGUCCUCGUAAAUCGUGUACCCGAUAAUAACAUCGGAAGUAUUUUAGGAGCAUGCGACACAAUGGAUACUAACUGCAGAAUUAUAUUCCUCGUAAGAGAUCCCAGAGCUGUAAUCGCUUCCGCGCUCAGCGUGGGGUUCUUCAAAGACAACCGGGGAGAUUCUUCAAGGCUGGGAACUCGAGAAUUUAGCUACUGGACCUGUAAGGAGACUGAAGACAACUUGGAAUCUAUAAGAAAACUGCCAAAGUCUCUGCGCAACCGGAUCAAAUUCCAACGCUACGAAGACCUAGCACUGGACCCGUUGAAAGAACUUUCAGCUCUCUACGAGUUUGCGGGGUUGUCUGUCCUGGAUAGUGUGAGGACAUGGCUUAACGAGACAACACGGCAGAGCAGGAGUGCCUGCAAUCAUGCACAGGACGGGGAACAAGCUACAUGCACCAAAGAUGACGCAUGGCUGGCAGCAAACCGCUGGAGAUGGAAAGUGCACCCUCAUGAAAUUGAUGUUAUUGAACAUUACUGCCGAGGUGUGAUGCUUCUAAUGGGUUACAGACCUGUAGACAGGUCACAUGAAUUACUGGCUAAUGUAAAGAUACCUCUUUUCAGCCGCAAUUUUGAAGCAAGGAACUGGUUUGAACGUUGA